CUCAAACCUGCCCAAUGCGAGAGCUUCUAGUACUCAUAUUCACCCUCGUAGUGACACUGGUCGGCGUCGAUGCAGCAGCUAAUCCGAUGGGCUAUCCAGCCUGUCCUCAGCAUCACCAGCCCGAGUUUUACUGCUGUUCAACUUCAUCUACGACUCGUGAGGUGUACACGAAGUUCCGUCGACCUACAGGAGGCAGCUACGAAGACGACUACAAAACUGGGUGGGCCCAACCACGACAAGUGAAUUUCCCUUACGUACGCUACAGUCCAGACUCACCAGUUUUCACGUACGCUGACGCGAAAUCAGUCUGUCGUAUCCAGAGCGUAGUGAUCGAUUUUCAGACUGGAGAACUCCAACAAAAGCUACAAUGUAGUAGUGAGAAUGUCUCGCUUGUCGAAGACUCUCAAGAUGCCUCCAUUUUCUGGACGUCGCCGUCAAACCCUCGGAACAACAAUGCAUCUUUCCCAAUUGGAGCGCAAUGUAUAAGUCUCAUGUUAUCGGAUGGUUCGGUUGAUGAAGAGAAGAAAAAUUCAUGCAAAAGUGACCAAAAAGAUGAACAUUUCCAGAUCACAAAUUUUGGAGAACCUCCUCUAGUUGGUGUGUAUUUCGUGUACCUGGUUUGCUUUGCCUUGUUAACGUUUUGGAACUUCCAUCGCCAGAUGAUUUACCGCAAAAAUUGCACCGUCAUGGACGAUAAGAGCUCAUCUGGUAUGUCUGACAUCCUCUCGCGAACGAAAUAUGAGCUCAUUUCGGCGGAUAAUUCGGAGUCUCAACUCGUACAGACUGGAUACUCUUUUUCAAGUCUUGGACGAAUUGUCUUCGUUUAUUUCGUGAUGGCAACUGUGUUGCUUCAUAUCUUGCUGAUUAUUGUCAUCUGCGACUACUACGACUGUUUUACGCCUCAUUUAUUCGACCCUCUGAGUGCCAGCGCUACUGUCUUUUUCCUUGUGUGGUUGAUUGCAGCAGUGUGGUUAAUUACGAUCGUAGUUUACCAGCAAGACCUGGUCAACUUCUUCCGUACGCCAAGUUCACUAAAUAAUUGUGAAUUUGCUCACAUGGUUAAGAAUGAUGACACUGAAAUUAUGCUCACGGAUCCUACGGGUGUGUCUUUUCUCGUCGCGAAAGUUGAAAAUUGGUUAAAUAUUUCUGGAAAACCUCGGGGUUUUCAAGAAACGGUGCGUGUCGAAGUUAUCGGGGGCAAGCGCGUUGUGGAUUUCCAACACCUGCGCUACAUUUACAACGAAGAACUGCGGCAGUUUGCCCCAACCGAAAUCUCUAUUGGCCAUACUUAUGGCGAUAUUGGAGCUGGGAUCUCGGGUCUAACCACAAUUGAAGCUCGAAAACGCUUACAAACCAUUGGUUUAAACACUGUGGACGUCGAUAUGCCGUCAUUAUUCACUUCGGUACUACACGAGUUCCUCACGCUCUUCUACAUUUACCAGAUUAUGUGCUACUACGUCUGGUAUUAUUUCACAUAUUGGAACAUGGGGAUCGUCAUGACACUCGUAGUACUGGGCACUGCAGUCAUCAAUAUCUACACGAAGCGUAAAAUGCAAGCUGCUAUUGUAAAAAUGACGAGAUGCAGAACUGAAGUUUCAGUUGUUCCGUGAUAACCACUGGCUAAAACUCGAAUCUUCACAAUUAGUCCCAGGUGAUCUGAUUAAUGUUCCUGAAAAUUGGAUUUUACCGUGCGAUCUGGUUAUUGUUAAGG